UUCUCCAAGGAGAAAUACAUCCUUGACUCAUCACCGGAGAAGCUUCACAAGGAACUAGAAGAGGAGCUGAAGCUGAGCAGCACUGACCUGCGCAGCCAUGCUUGGUACCACGGCCGCAUCCCCCGGGAGGUGUCCGAGAGCCUCGUGCAGAGGAACGGCGACUUCCUCAUCCGCGACUCGCUCACCAGCCUGGGCGACUACGUGCUGACGUGCCGCUGGCGCAACGAGCCCCUCCACUUCAAGGUCAACAAGGCGACGGUCAAGUCCAGCGAGGGCCAUACCCGUGUCCAGUACCUCUUCGAGCAGGAGAGCUUUGACAACGUGCCCGCCCUUGUCCGCUUCUACGUGGGCAACCGCAAGGCCAUCUCCGAGCAGAGCGGGGCCAUCGUCUACUGCCCCAUCAACCGCACCUUCCCCUUGCGCUACCUGGAGGCCAGCUAUGGGCUGGCCAACGGCAAGCACGGGGGACCCCACAGCCCCACCACCCAGAAAGGGGGACACAUCAAGAGGAGGAGCAUCACCAUGACGGACGGCCUGACGGCAGACAAGAUCACCAGGGCUGAAGGGUGCCCGACCAGCGUGUCCCUGCCCCACCACAGGGACAUCAUCCGCAACUGUGCCGUCAGCGUGGACCAGAUCCAAGACCUGCACUCCCCGAUGUCCCCCAUCUCCGAGAACCCAGCGUCACCCGCCUACAGCACGGUUACGCGGCUAAAGCCCCACGCCUGCCAAGCGGCCGGGAUCACCCCGGCCUCUCCGGUCAUAAGAAGGUCCAGUGAGCCCCAGCUGUGCCCAGGGAGCAACAGCAAAGCUCUGCCAGACCCUGCCCACAGCACCCACUCGACCCCCUGCCAUGGGUAUGCCCGCGCCUCCCCCUCUCCCUCCGUGAACAGCUACAGCGACCCGGACACGGGGCAUUACUGCCAGCUCCACCCCACCUCGCCCAUCAGCAGAGACCGGCCAGCUCACGACACCAAGCAGAUGCCAACAAAGAGCUACGUGGAGAGGCUAAAGGUGGAGGAAGGACAGAGAGGGACUGUGGAGAAUGGCUCCGGGGAAGCAGAGGCAGGGCAGAGGCUGAAAGGAGAGCUGGACUUCAUGGGCUUUGUGCCGCCCACCAUGGAGACGACCUCCUCCUUCAACCCCGCGACCUUCCAGUCCCGGCUCAUCCCCCUGGAGAACAAACCCCUGGAGAUGGCUGUGCUCAAGAAGGUCAAAGAGCUGCUGGCAGAGGUGGACGUGAAGACGCUUGCCAAA